GUGUAACGUCGAAAGUGAAUUAUGUUUAUGUUUAAUGUUUGAGUUUAAACAUUUGACUGGUUAAUAUUAAUUUUGAAUAUUGGUAGGAAUAGAAUUUAUGUAUCAGGCUAUUAAGAUAUUUAAAUUUAUUUAGUUGUUGAGUCAGCUACUACUCAUCAUAGGUGUUCGAUGAGACUGGUUUUACCUCAGAAUGGCCUUCUUGACGUAUAUAUUAUUAUCGUUUGCCUUAAUGAAUGAAGUGUUGUCAGUUUACCAGUCUCCUCCAAGAAUUGUAAAACAACCUCCUACAGAUGAAUUACUUUUUCAAGUCCACCAACCACAGGAAAACAUAAAUGAGAAACCAUUUGUUAUUGAAUGUGAAGCGGAAAGUGAACCAGCACCUAAGUAUAGUUGGAUGAAAAAUGGAAAACACUUUGAUUGGCAAGCGUAUGAUGAUCGCAUAUCACAACAGCCAGGCCGAGGGACAUUAGUGAUAAGUUCUCCCAGAGAUGAAGAUUUAGGACAGUAUCAGUGUUUUGCUUCCAACGAACUGGGAACAGCUACUUCUAACUCAGUUUUUGUAAGAAAAGCAGAAUUAAAUUCUUUCAAGGACCAAGCGCCUAUUGCUGUUACUGCUCAGGAAGGAGAUCCUUUCAAAUUGACUUGUCAGCCGCCAGAUGGUUGGCCCAAACCAAAUGUUUAUUGGCUCAUUCAGACUCUGGAUGGUAACAUUAAAAGUAUUAAUAACUCUCGUAUGACUGUUGAUCCUGAAGGAAAUUUGUGGUUUACUAAUGUAACUCGUUAUGAUACGAGUGAUGAUUUUAAUUAUGCUUGUGCUGCAACAUCAUUAUUCAGAAAUGAAUAUAAAAUUGGAAAUCGUGUAAGAUUAAAUGUAGUUACUACUGGUGCUUCAGCUGCACAGAAUAAACAUGCUCCUGUAGAGCAAUAUGUUUCAAGAAAAAAUGAAGUUGCUUAUCGUGGUUCUAAAAUAGAAUUGUAUUGUAUUUAUGGAGGGACGCCCCUUCCACAAAUAGUAUGGAGUAAAAAUGGUAAUAAGAUACAUCUAUCUGAAAGAGUCACUCAGGGGAAUUUCGGUAAAAGUUUAAUAAUCAAAGCUGUGCAAUUUGAAGAUCAAGGAAGUUAUACAUGUGAAGCAAGUAACGGUGUUGGAGAAGCCAAAUCCUAUUCAAUAGAUUUACGUGUUAUGGCUGUUCCCUAUUUUACUGAAGAACCAGAGAUUAUUAAUGCUGCGGAGGAUGAAACUGUUGAACUUCGGUGUGCAGCCUCUGGUGUUCCUGAACCUCAAAUAAAAUGGAUUCAUAAUGGACGUCCAUUAAAUGAAGCACCAACUAAUCCAAGGCGUAAAGUUACCCAAAACUCCAUUAUUAUUGAAAAGUUAGUUAAAAAAGAUACUGGAAAUUAUGGUUGCAAUGCAACUAAUAGUUUGGGCUAUGUUUACAAAGAUGUUUAUAUCAAUGUUCAAGCUCUUCCACCUGAAAUAGUGGAACCUCCUAAAGAUAAACAAGUUGUAGAUGGUAAAACAGUUAAACUUACCUGUCGAGUUUUUGGUGCACCUAAACCAGAAGUAAAAUGGGAUCGACAAGGAGUAGAAUUGACUGGUGGAAGAUUCAGUGUUCUUCCUGAAGGAGAUCUCGAAAUUAGGGAGGUAAAUUUUCUCGAUACUGGGAACUAUACAUGUCAUGCUACAAAUAAAUUGGGUAUGCAAUCCCAGACUGCUGCACUACUAGUUAGAGAGCAUACUCGAAUAACUGAUGAACCUCAGGACUAUGAAGUAGCAGCAGGUACUGCUGCUACAUUUCGUUGUAAUGCUGUUUCUGACAGUUCCUUACCUUUAACUAUUGAUUGGAAAAACAAUGGGCGCCUAAUUGAUUUUGAAUCAGAACCUCGUUUUAUAAAAGCUAACGAUUAUUCUUUGACAAUUACUAAAACAACUGAAUUAGAUUCUGGUGUGUAUACUUGUGUUGCUUCAACUCCGCUUGAUGAGGCAACUGCUGAAGCGUCUUUAACUGUUCAGGAUGUUCCAAAUCCACCUGAUUUGUUGGAUGUGGAAUGUAAAAGUCGUGAUGCUACUAUCAGAUGGAAACCAACAGGUGACAAUAGAGCUCCUAUCCUUCAUUAUUCAAUUGAUUACAAUACUUCUUUUAGCCCAGAUUCAUGGGAAAAAGAGAGUGAUGAUGUCCCUGCCACUGAUACUGCAUAUACUGUUAUCAUGAGUCCUUGGGCAAAUUACACAUUUCGUGUUAUUGCAUGGAAUAAAGUAGGACCUUCAACUCCAUCACAGCAUUCACGAGUGUGUUCAACUCAACCUGAUGUCCCUUAUAAGAACCCUGAUAAUGUUGAAGGAAAGGGAACAGCCCGUGAUAAUAUGGUCAUUAGCUGGACACCUAUGCCGGAAAUAGAGCACAAUGCUCCUCGCUUCCAGUAUAGGGUAUACUGGAAACCAGCUGCUGAUGGUCCUUGGCGUCAAGCAGAUAUUACUGACCCUAAACAAAAUAGUUUAGAAAUCAACAAUUUAAGUACUUUUGAGAAAUAUAUUAUCAAGGUAAUAGCUAUAAAUGAAAAAGGUGAAUCAAAUGUGUCUCCCCAAGAAGUUAUUGGUUACUCUGGAGAAGAUGUACCUACUGAAACACCUACUAAUUUCACUGUACUUGAAGUUAUUAGUGCAACAAGUGCUCUGUUUAAUUGGAAUCCUGUACCACCUUCUUCAGUAAGAGGACACUUCAAAGGAUACAAAAUUCAAACUUGGGCUGAAAAUGAUGAAGGUAAUAUGAAAGAAAGUUUGCUGAAAGGUAACAUGACCAGAGCAAUUAUUAAUAAAUUGACCCCUCAUUCAAAGAAUUUUGCCCGUGUGCUUGUCUACAAUUCUAUGUAUAAUGGUCCUGCUAGUGAAACAAUACAGUUCGAAACUCCGGAAGGAGUUCCAGGUACUGUGAAAUUCUUUGAAGCUUAUCCCAUGGGGUCUUCUGCACUACUUUUGAUCUGGAAACCACCUGAGUUCCCCAAUGGGAUACUCACUGGUUAUAAGAUUUAUUAUCAAACAGUCAAGGGUACUAAUGUGGGACCUCUCAUUGAACGAAAACCACAAAUAAGUGAUCCUAAACAAUUGAGAGUCAAACUAGCUGGCUUAGAACCUGCCACUAAGUACCGAAUUCAUAUUAAAGCCACUACAGCUGCUGGAGAAGGAGAAGGAUAUUUUAUUGAACAGAGGACUAGGGGUUCUGUGUCAGUUCCUCCAGACCGUCCAUCAUUUAAGUUGUUAAGGUUACCUUCUGAGAGUGGAUAUGCCAAUGUUAAAGUUCUUUGGCUUCCUAAUAUUGAUGGCCGACCAGGAUCACAUUUUUAUGUUAAAUAUAGAAUAAAAGGAGAACCUAUUUAUCAGCAGACUGCUGAAACUACAGAUGAAGAUUAUACUAUUGUUAGAGGACUUCAACCCUCAGAAACAUAUGAAUUCAAAGUCGUAUCUGUUGAUGGAGAUUUCAUAGCUGAGUCUGAUGCUGAGGAAAUGGAAAUGCAUAGUGUUGAUGGGCCUAUCAUACAACCUAAAGAAAAUGUAGCUACCGCUGGAUGGUUCAUUGGCAUGCUUUUAGCUAUUAUUUUCUUAUUGUUGGUAUUGAUUUUAGUUUGCAUUGUCAAAAGAAACAGAGGAGGAAAAUAUGCUGUUCAUGAACGAGAAGUAGCUCAUGGGCGCCAUGAUUAUCAAGAUGACGCUGGUUUCCCUGAGGUUCCUAUACUUGAUAGUAAACCUCGUGGUAGGAGCUCAGUAGGCAGUGAUCCUAAAGCAGCUGCUGAUAGUGAUUCUGAUUCGAUGGCUGAAUAUGGUGAAGGCGAUACAGGAAAGUUUACAGAAGAUGGUUCAUUCAUUGGACAAUAUGGCCCUGGUAAUGAAAAAAAGAAGUCUGAUGAACAGCCUACUCUUUCAUCUGUUGCUACCUAUGUGUGAUUUUAUAGCUUUCUGCUUCUAUGUAAUCAUUUCACAAGUGGUGGAAAUAGAUGUCAAUUCAAUGAUUUCUAAGUCUUUCAAAGAGAGUGCAAUGCUUUUGCUGAGCUUCCAUUUUUAAUGAAUGCACUCGUCAGUAUAAAACUGCCACAAUCAAUAUUCAGUUUAAAAAAUAUAUUAAAAUAAAAAAUCUCAAUAAUUAAUUUUUAGUUUUUAUGUAUUGAAUAAUUAGAAUUUUCUAAUGGAAAUUUUGAGGUAAAUAUAUGCUACUCAUUCUUUUUUAUUUAUUUUUUAACUUAUUGAUCAUGUUGUGAAAUAUUUUUAUAUAUCAUUAUAUAUUUUUUCUUUAUUGCAUCUACUUUAAAAGUGUGUUUAAUACUGCCAUUUAUACUGUAUGUUUUUGAAAGCAUGGUUGUCAAUUUGUCUCAGAAUUAGAUUUCCAUAGAUAAAUAUAUUUGUCCAUUUGUACCUUAUGAUUCAAGGUAUAGUUAAUAAGAAAAUUGAAAUAAGAGUAAGAAAAGUAGUAUAUGUUUGCAAAACAAGUAUUGUUUUUCUUGUUAGUUACAAAUAUUUAGUUGCUUCUACCCACCCUUAAAAGAUUUAGUUUUUAAAAUUUCCAGCUUCAAACUAAAUUAUUUAUUUAUUAUGAUUAUUCUUUUUUUUCUUUCUUUAAAAAAAACCAUAGGGAUGUGAUGAUGUAUUCACAUCCAAAGAUAUAUUCCCUUUCAAAAAUACUUCACAUGUUCAACAGGGUUACAUAUUUUAUGAUUUAAUGGUUUGCUCUUGUUAAUCUGUCUUUUAAAAAUAACUUUUAUUUAGUUUUUUUUUUAAAUAUAAAAGUUACUUCUUAGUUAUUUUUAUACUUUUAAGUUUUGCUCAAAACAUUUGUUUGUGCUCAUGUGUGUUAUUUGCUUCAUGCAUAUACCUAUAUACAAAGCCGUAUAAAAAAUACCCUUUACACUCGUAGUAUAGUAUCUAUCUACCUAAUUUAAAAACUGAAGGCUGCUAGUUACUUCUUAAGUAAGAACCUUAUAAAUAAUCUUAAAUAUUAAUUAAUAAUUUAUAUAUUCAUUUUCAUGUACACAUUACAUCCCUUUAAUGAAUUAGAAUCUCAUAAUUAUGGUAUAACAAUAAUAGCACUACUUAUUAAUAGUUGUAAAACCUUUUUUUUUUAUUACUUUUUCUAUACAAACAAAAUAAUUAGCUCUACUGGAACCAGCAGUAUUUAGGCAUCAGGUGUUGCAAAAAUUAUAGUACAUUAAAAUUUAUGUUUGUACAUUAAAGGCUCUUAUUGAAAGACAUUUAAACUUUAUCUGUUCAUGCUUUUUGUGGCUUGCUAAUGUUUGUAAUAUUAAUUGUUCUUAACUGAUCUAAUUGAUUAUUUUGCUUCUUAAAAGAAAAUUGGUGUUAAAAGUUAGUUUGUGUAGUAUCUCUUACUGCUUUAUUGUACCAUUAAAUUUUUUUUCAUAUUUUUAGAUUGAAAGUGUUGAGCUAAAAUAUUUUACCUUCAAUUUUAAAUAAUAUUGGAUUAUUGUACCAUCCAACUCUGAAAAGUCAGAUCUAUAUAUGAGUUACCACAUUUUACCAAUGUAUAGAUCUGACCCUUCAGGGUUGUAUAAUGUAAAACUCCAAUUUUUUUUUUAAUUGUGGGUUAUAUUAUUUCACCUCAGUGCCCUGAUACGGUUUGAUUAUUGUGCUACACAAUGAAUCAAAUGAAUAAUUUUAAUACAUGUAUAUAUUUUCUCCAUAUACACAUCACUUAAACAAUAUAUAAACACAUGCUAAUCAGUAUUGGUGUCAUUAUUAUGGUUCAGCGUAUUUGUAAAAAGUAUAAAAUUCUGUAUACCCUGGUUUUAUUUUUGUAAAAACUUUCAUCGUGUAUUAUAGUUUAGCUUCAUUUAAGUUAAGAUUACAGAACAAUUUUUAUAUUUUACUAUGUAUCAUAAAGUAUAACAUAAUGAUUUAUUAUUUUUAUACUUUAAACGGUUAUCAUGUGAUUUAUCUUUGGGAAAUAAUUGCUGUUUAUGUAAUAAUUACUAAUUUAUUUAUGUAACGUCACUAAUUUUAUUGUUAAAGAAGCAUUAAGUAAACUAAAAAUAUUCAAGUGGUACUCCUGGUAUUGACGUUAGUAUUAAUACAAAACAAGUAUAUUUUCCCUCGAUUUAUUUGCUUUUUAACUAAUGUUAUGUAAAGAUAUGUGAGAUUUCAUUUCAGUUAAUAGCAAUUGAUCAUAAUUUAUACUUUGUAUCCAAAUUGAUCAAUUCUAAUUCAGUUUGAAUACUGUGGAUAUGAAUCUAUUUGUGAAAAUCAAAGAUCUGCAUUUAUUGAAUCUCUGAUAUUUUAUUUUUAUUUUUAAUUAUACGUCGGUUUAAAAUUGAAAAUUGUUUAAAUAUUUUGAAAAAUUAAAUGUUAAAGAUGGUUUUAUCAUUUGAUUCGAACAUCCAAAAAAUUAUCUACCUCAAAAUCACAACUUAGUUUAUGUGUCUGGAAUAAAGAUUCAUUCACUUUUUUUGGGAAUUGUUAAUUAAUGUGUAUAUAACUUAACAUCGGUCUCUUAUAUCUCUAUAAAUGAUUUUAAGGUUUUCAUUAGUUUGCAUCAUUAAAGUUUAUUAUUUAUAGUUGUCAAUCAUCACUUCCUUUCUUGAGUUUGUUUGAAUUAUUCAAUGGUAUCUGCCAUACAAGCACUUUGUUUUUAUUAUUACUUUAUUUAUUUUUUUUUAAGUUACCAUUCAGAAUAUUCUGAUUAUAUUUAGAAUUAACUUUUUUAUUGUUUUAUAGAGUCAUUUCAGGUUUUAGGGACUGUUCCUCCAUUCAAAUUGAGGUGAAACAUUUUUUACUAAAAAUUUUAUUUCUGUUAUGUUUAUUUUUUAAAGUAACACUCCUAACUCGGAUGCUCUAACAAAAUUUACUAUUAACAUAAAAAAGACUUUAUAUUAAGAGAUGUGAAUGAAUGCAUUUGUUUGUAAAUAUAUAUAUUUAUGUAUACAUAGUGUUUACAUAUAUAUUCCAACUUACACAUUUUUUUUCCAGUAUAUUGUCAUCAAUAAACUUUUAGAUGCUUUAUCACUUAAAAUGGUGUGUAUUUGUAAAUUCUAAUACUUUUAUAUAUCAUAAUUAGCAGUUUAUACUAAGUAGCACAAUAAUUUAGUAAAAAAAAAAUAUAUAUAUAUAAAUAAGAAAAAUCACAUAGGAAAUUCUAUCAUAUGAAUUUUAUAUUCAAUGUUUUAUAAGUUCUAUUUAUUUAAAUUUGGUUAUAUUAAAUAAAAUGCAUUCUAGAUUGUAAAUUUAUAUCUCUUUGUAAGGUUAUGAACGGACCAGACCCCAUUUAUAGAUCAUAUGAUGUAUUUAUUUUAAAUUUCGUACAAGUAAUUUUUAAAUUUAGUUUAAGGAGUCAGGUUUUUGCUUUAAGUUUUUAUUUUCAAUUUAUAAUGGUAU